UUUGUUACUUAAGUGUUCACUCUCACUUUGAUGCGAAAAACAACACCAAGCAACAACCGAAAUUCAUAAAACUCCUGGAUUUGUCUAUAUCUUUAUAAAAUUCAGUAGAAAAAAAAUGGAUACUGGGAAUGCAUCGUAUCCUCCUUUAGGAAUGAACUCCGUGGCUUCGCAAAUCGCACCAAUUCGAGACGUAUGGGCAACGAACCUGGAACAAGAAAUGACUUUAAUCAUGAAUUUGGUCACCCGUUAUCCGGUAAUAUCUAUGGAUACAGAAUUUCCAGGAGUCGUAGCCCGGCCUUUGGGAAUUUUUAAGAGCAGCGGAGAUUACCAUUAUCAAACGCUGCGGGCGAACGUGGACACUCUAAAAAUCAUUCAAAUCGGACUAGCCGUGAGUGAUGAGGAUGGAAAUGUUCCCCCAGAAGCAUUCACUUGGCAAUUCAACUUUAAAUUUAAUCUACAGGAAGAUAUGUAUGCUCCAGAAAGUAUCGAGCUUCUCACGAAGAGUGGAAUUGAUUUCAAAAAGCACCAAGAAGCAGGAAUUAACCCUGCUGAUUUUGCUGAGUUACUCAUUGGAAGUGGUCUUGUCCUUCAGGAAGAUAUCACUUGGGUUACCUUUCACAGUGGUUAUGACUUUGCAUAUUUGUUGAAGGCCAUGACCCAGUUAUCUUUACCUAGUGAGUAUGAAGAUUUUUACAAAAUUUUAUGUAUAUACUUUCCUAAAACCUAUGACAUUAAAUAUAUUUUGAAGUCUCUUCUCAAUAGUUCCAAAGGACUUCAGGAUAUUGCUGAUGAUUUACAAAUCCAUCGCAUAGGCCCUCAGCACCAAGCCGGUAGCGAUGCUCUGCUUACCUCUAGAAUUUUCUUCGAAAUUCGCUCCCGGUAUUUUGAUGGCAAUAUCGACAGUCGAAUGCAAAAUCAGCUGUAUGGUUUAGGCACAUCUGGCAGUUCUUUGUGGAUGAAUACCCCUAAACCUCAAUUUCGCGAUUUGCCAGGAGCUCAGCCCAGUCCUAAGCCCACAGCUCCUAGUAUCUCUUCUGCAUUUGCCAAUCCACCUGCCUCGGUUUCUCUUAAUUCUACUUUCCGCUUUCCUCCUCGGGUCAUUUAGAAUUCUACCUCCUUUCAUCUUUCUGCCAUUGUUUUACCCUUUAUCCAUGAACUAUUUAAUUCUUUUGCUUUUUUGAAUUUCAAAAAGUAUAUUGUUAGCGUUCCGUAUUCAUGCUUUCAAUUCCCUUGCCUUCUAUUUUAGUCCUUUUCUAUUUUUUUUCGCUUACUACCUGCUCGCCUCACACUUCUUCUAUUUCCCUUCUUUACCGUUUCCAACGUUUGGCUCUUUUGUCCCAACUAUUAUUUUCCUCUUUGUUUGCCUCAUGAUACUUUGUAGAUUAGGUCAUAGAUCGUUUAUUCUUUGUGAAUUUGAAAGGAACAAGUGGUACUCUACUUUGAACAGCAUAUUCUAUGAAAUAAUUUUGUUUAAUAUCCGCUAUUAAUAUAAUCCUGCAUGUAUUGACUUGUGCAAAUAGAUCCUAAA